CGAGGAAGCGCGGGCUCCGGCUCCUAUUGGCCCAACAACGAUCACGUGGGCCGAGCGACGAAGACUGCGCCAAAAUUCAAACCCUCUUACUGGACGUAAGCGAAUGUCGGCAGCGACCGUCUCCUUCUGCGAAUGAGCGUUGAUAAUUUAUUUCAGAAGCGACGCUUAACGGACUCGAGAAAUUGCUGCUGCGAAAAGGACAGUCUACUAAUAUGAAGGUAUGCUUUGUUGGGAAUUUGUGAGCUGCUUUUUAACUAGAUCUUUCGCGGUCAGGCCCAAUCCAGCCAGGUUUAGCGCCAGCCGCUCCGCAGCCGAGCUGCCCAGUGUCCCCCUUUAGCCUAGGGACAUCGCCGAUCGAAGUGCCCUGGCUUAUAUAACGUUCUCCUGUUCACACUCGAAUCGCACUUGUUCUUUGCAAUCUAAUUAGGUCUGAUCCACCCGCUGAGCUCUGUAGUUACUUUAGCAGCAGCAUCGCCGCUUUUGCAGGUGACAACAGAGCGCGCGCUAUCGCGUGCGACCCUGGUGAAAACGCGGAGUGACGUGUGUGUGUGUCGGGUGUCGCGUCGGUGGGACCCGUGUGUCCGGUGUUAGUUCAGUCUUGACUUGACCCCCUGCCCUGGGGUGGAUGGAUAGAUGGAUGGUGACUGACCGAUCAGUCCAUCGGCACGGACCGCAGACGGCCAACGACUGAGAUCUAAGCAGGAUGAAGGAGAGCCCCAGACGGCCACUCAUCCUCAAGCGGAGGAAGCUGCCCUUGAGGAAAAAGGAGACCAACGUGCUGCUCGGUGACCCCAACAGAGGGCCUUGCGCGAAGACGCCGCCGGAUUCCGGAGGUCAUCGCGUCACCGAGAGCGUCCGCAUCAUUGACCACCCCUCCGUGCCAGACACUCCGCUGGUGAUCAUCCCUAAAUCUGCCGACCUCCAAAGCGUCAUCGACGCCCUCACAGCCAAAGGCAAGGAAUGCGGCCCGGAAGGACCAAACAAGUUCAUCCUACUUGGCAGCAGCUUAGAGAACGGGGCAGAGUCUCUGUGUCUGUCCUCCUUCGGUGGUGGAAGCAGCUGCGGGAAGACAGUGACUGUUGGCAGAGUGGCAGCUGAAGGAGACGGUCUGAAGGACAGGACCCGCGGUCCAAUGGAAGUCAAGCCCGUCUCUGCAGUUAAACCUUCGAAAAGGGAUUCGGACUGCAGCCUCCUGGAUGACAGUCUGACAAACAUCCAGUGGCUCGGGAGGAUGAACACGGAUGGGCUCGGCCCCGCAUCCGCGAGGAAAGACUGUAACAAGGAGAACGAGGAUUUGGCCCCGCAGCUCGUCCAGCCCCUUGGCGACUCUGAGGAAGCACAUUGCGCUGUCAAAGACCCGCUGUCAGAGAGACCGCCCUACUCCUACAUGGCCAUGAUCCAGUUUGCCAUCAACAGUAAGAAGAACAGGAGGAUGACUUUGAAAGAGAUCUACACCUGGAUUGAGAAUCACUUUCCCUACUUCCGAAAUGUGGCCAAGCCGGGCUGGAAGAAUUCCAUUCGGCACAACCUCUCCCUGCACGACAUGUUUCUUCGCGAGUCGUCUUCUGACGGCAAGACGUCUUACUGGACCAUUCGUCCUGAGUCCAACCGCUGCCUGACCCUGGACCAGGUGUACAAGCCCAUGGUGGAUCCAGGUUUUUCUCCAUCCCCUCCACCCACACAAGUUUCUGGGCAACAAAACCAGAAGCAAGCUGCUCCAGAAGUUAAGAAACCCGUCAGCUGCGGUUUCGAAAGGAAGAUGAAGCGCCUUCUGCCUCGUACCGACUCCUACCUGGUCCCCAUCCAGCUUCCCUUAAACCCCUCCCUGUUCCUUUCCUCCACAAACCUGUCCCCUGCUGCUGCUGCCCCACAGCAGAACUGCAGCCCCUUAACCCCCAGCGCUGUGGGUGGGGGGAAGAGGGUCCGCAUUGCCCCCAAGGUUCCGCAGUCAGCCCUGCCGGCGAUGGAUGCGUGUAAAGAGGACUCUGCGCACGUUCCCCCGACGGGCGAGGGCGCGAGGGGCCUGCCGGCCCAACCCAGGAGAGAGGCGAGCAGCUCCCGCCGCAAGCAACGCCUAGUGCGGCCCUCCAGCGAGGAGCCCGUGCUGCUCUUCCCCGAAAGCCCUUUUUUUGACUCGGGCGUGGCCUCCGACCUGUCCACGUUCCACGACGCGGAGGCUGAUCCCGAGCCGCGCCCAGAUCCGAGAACCCCGGGUCAGGAGUACGAUUUCAAGACGCCCAUCAAAGGACGGCCUCCGGCCUCCUCCACCCCCAGCAAGCCCCCCGGCGCGCUGCCGGAGCUCGGGAAGGUGACGCCCCAAGGCCCCGGUGCCCACAGCCUGCCGGACUUCAGCCCCAUCCGCACGCCUUGCGGCACCAUGCUAACCCCGCAGCGGCAGGACCACACCCCCUUCAGCUUCAGCAGCACACCCUUCAAGGAGCUUCCCCUCUUCAGCUCUCCCCGAGAGCUCCUGACUAUAGCGCGCACGUCCCCGCUCACCCGUUCCUGUUCUCGCAAACUCCAGGUGGGGAGCGCCGCCCCUGCCAACCGCUCCCUGACCGAGGGACUCGUCCUGGAUACCAUGAGUGACAGCCUGAGCAAAAUCCUGGUGGACAUCAGCUUCCCAGGGCUGGAGGAUGAGGAGCUGGGCAUGGGCAACAUCAGCUGGUCACAGUUAAUUCCCGAACUGAAGUGACUGAGAAAUGGAAAAGUGACUGAAAAAAGAAAUGGAUACAUGUGCAGCUUGGCUUUGCCCAGCUCUAAGAGGGAGUUGCCAAGCUGCACACACAUCUGAUAUAUCCUCCCCCACUGAUGUACAUUCAUAAUUAUUAAUUUGCUUCCCCCAUUGUUGUGCAUGUCAACAGCACCAAUUUCUUUAGCUUGUCUCUAACCUGUCAUCCCUUGCUUGUUGACUUUGCCCGUGUGUCUCCCUAUCCAGGAAGCUGUUUGUCCCCGUCUUGCUCGGUCCUCACAUAGUCCUGAAGAAACGCGUAGAAGCGACCUGCAUAUUUUGUCUUUCCCUUUAUGACUGCACAUAGGCCGUGGCUUGAAUUUGCACACUCCUGUAUAUGUUAUUUACUUAGACGUGUAAUAUGAUGCAUUUCAUUGCCUAAACACCAGUGAGACACUAACAUGCUUGGACACCAGAUCCUUGAACCAGAAGAAGAUCUGCCGUUUAUUGGACCUUUGGGCGUGGCUCUGUUUUUCUAUGCAUAAUUGUAUAAUUUUAUUAAUGGCCAGGUAAAGAAAUUGCAAUGAAACCUAAUGUGUAGUAAAAGGAGUAGAUGGUAAAGGAGGUCGUAGUUUACAUGAUAUAACUGGAAUGGAUUUACUGCGCGUGAUUAUAGCACUUCUGUAGACCAGGACUCAAAUGUUCAGGUU